AAAAACGCUCAUUAUUGGCUCUCGUGCUAAACGUGAUAUUUAACCUAAUUUAACCUAACUGUACUACACGACUUGAAGUUGAUUGAUACUUUCUAAUAAAAAAAGAAAAAAAAAUGGGUCAUAAAAAGGGUCGAUGCGUUAAGCGAAAUAAACAAAUAAAUGUGGGGGAAAAGGAAGAAUUAGUGCGAGCACCUCAUUCUUUUGUAUUCCAUCGUGGCUUACCAGGAGAUCACAUUGUCGAACUUACUAAAGAUUUUCGCAGAGUUAUGGAACCUUUUACAGCUUCAUCUUUAAAGAUACGGAAGAAAAAUACUAUUAAAGAUUUUGUCUCUGUUGCGGGUAUCUUUCAUAUCAGUCAUAUAUGUAUCUUUACAAAGACAGAGCUAGGAAUGUACCUCAAGCUUUGCAGAUUACCCAGGGGGCCUACCCUUACUUUUAAAAUACAUAAUUUCUCCCUAGCACGAGAUGUAGUAUCUAUGUUAAAGAAGCAGAUGGUAUACGAGGAAGCCUAUAAAAAUGCUCCAUUGGUGAUUUUAAAUAAUUUUAGUGGAGAAGGCAUGCAAUUGAAACUUAUAUCCUCUACAUUUCAAAACAUGUUUCCAACUAUAAACUUAACCACUAUUAAUUUGAGCACAAUUCGUCGUUGUGUAUGUCUAAAUUAUAAUACUACAUCGAAAACAAUUGACUUUAGACAUUAUGCGAUCAAGAUUGUACCUACAGGUUUAUCAAGAGGUGUUAAAAAAUUAGUUCAAGCAAAAGUACCAAAUUUAUCCAAAUGUGAAGAUAUCUCAGACUUUUUAACAAAACCGACCAUGUCUGAAAGUGAGGCUGAAGAUGAUGAAAUUAGUCAUGUUACGUUACCGCAAAAAUUAUCUUCAAGAGGGAAUCAUGCCAAUUCUACAAGUGCAAUUAGAUUAUAUGAAUUGGGACCGAGAAUAACGCUACAGUUAAUCAAAGUGGAAAAUGGACUUCUCGAUGGUGAAAUACUUUUCCACGAGUUUAUACAUAAAACAGAAGAAGAAAAACUUACGAUAAGGAAAAAGAGAGCAAAGAAGCAGAAAUUAAAGGAAAAAAGAAGGAAAAUACAAGAGGAAAAUAAAAGGAAAAAAGAAAUACAGAAACAAGAACACAAAGAAAAAUCGCUCAAAGGAAUUCAGAAGAAAAGAGAAAACGACAUGCUAUUACAAAAAAUCGCAAAAGAAUCUGCUGAAGAGAGUAAAUUGGAAGAUGAUGAUGUACAGUAUUAUCGCGAAGAAGUAGGAGAAGAACCUGACAAAGAUCUAUUUCAAACAAAAAUUGGUACAAAGAGACCACAGAAGCACAUUAUAAAGUACAAAUCAAAGAAAAUAAAACUUGAUAAGUCAUAAAAUAAAAUUAAUGUGCGUGAACUAAUAAUUGAAAAUAAAUUACUUUGUACCUCCUUUCAUACAUCACGUUUUGAUAAAGUUAAUCUUAAUUAUUUUAUAUC